CGGACAAGGCCGUCAAGUGUCGUCGUUCUUUGUUGAAUGGCCGCAGAGAAUUCACGCAAGAGAUUUUCUUGAGCCUCGCAGCCCGGAUUUUGGAAGCCACCGCCCGGUGAUCAGUGAGUGUCCGUGAAUUGCGUGUGCCUGGGGUGUGAUUGUACGUGCGUGCCGGCCGUGACAGUGGGAAAGUCGUGAGAAAUCGCCAUCGAGUGGCGCGCGUUGUCACAGAGUUGCGUCCAUUGCGAAGCAUCUUCCGCACUUCCGCAUCCACUUGGCGACGAUGAUUGUGGCCUGCAACUGCCUGAAUGUGGUGGCGAGCAUCGCCGAGGGCGCCACGGUGGUCGAGGCGCCCCCGAUUGGCGACGCCAGGGCGGCGGCCGAGCAGUUCCUGCAGAACGAGGGCAAGAGCGACAUCAGCGUCUUCUUCAAGGAGGCCCUGGGCCCAUUCCACGCGCAGCAGGUGUCGCUGAAGAAGGAGCAGCCUGACCUGGUGCACGUCGUCGCGCUGGGCAGCUGGUCGGUCCAUCAGUGCAUCAAUUGUGGCCACUUGUGCGUCUUCGCGACGCUGGAGAAGGACGCCGUGGUGCUGUUCAACAGCAAUCUAAUGACUAAUCAGGAGGAGAUCAACGUUUUGAGGGCCAGCAGUGGCUACUCGUCUGUCUUCAGGAUUCUCAUGGAUCAGCAGUUCCCAGAGGAGGAACUCUUCAAAGUCAACAAACUCGUGCAACUGCAUCCGAAGGUGAAGAGCUUAACGCAGCAGUUUCAGCAGCAUCUGCAGCGCGAGACUGCGGCCACGGAUGAGCGCAUCCAGCGCUUCACGGAGCACCAAUUCACGCUGCUGAAGAUGUUCAGAGAGCGCACGGAGCAGGAGCUGCAGAUUCUCGUGAGUCUGGUGUGUCGCUUGCCGGAGAGCCUGACGCUGGUCACGGAGACGCGGCAGCAGCUGAGCAACCUGGAGACGCCGCCGUCGACGCCAGACACUCCGAUGACGAUCGGCACGAGUCCGCCGAUGGCUGUGAGAGUGUCCCAGGCGCCCGCGAUGUCGACGUCCUCCUCGGGCGCCAGCUCGCCAAUGCCGAUGAGGGGCGUGCGGCGCCACUCGGCCAAUCGCACGGACGCGCCGCGAGGGCGUCACGCGGACGCGGACUCGGAAUGCUUCUUCCUGCUUGAGGGCAUGGAGAAUGACACGCUGCCGCUGGGGCCACAGGACAUGUCCGAUCUCGACGAGUCGGACUCAGAGAAUUUUGGGGAUGACGAGCGACAGGCAAUGUCCAUUCCACGUCAAAUGGCGCGACAGGGAAGCCUGAGCAUGGCCAAGAGUCUGCCGAUCUCCAUGCCGGCAGUCAUGGAUCGCUCGAUCGAGGAUGACUUCGACGAUCAGCCGGUGGAUGAGAAAGUGGACAUUGCGGCGAGCAUCAAGGCGCUGGCCAAGAGUGUUCACGGCGAUGCUGUGUUCGGCGAUCUUCCGCGGCCGCGCUUCAGCACUCAGAUCUAGAGUGUGUUCUUGAGAUCACAAACAAUCCUGGCCAGAAGGCAGCACCAUCGAGAGCACCGCAAGAGAAUCGUUUACAAGUUAUGAAAUACUUUCUUCAUGGAAUUCUUCACCUUCAUAUUUCGUCUCAGUUGUUUGUCUCUGCUAGAAGAACAAGAAAAAGAAGAAGAAGGGAAAAAAGGUAAAACAACUCAUAAAAGUAUAUAUCAUAAAGUCAAGUUUAUAGAAAAACAAAAUAUCUCUUAUAAUUUUUGGUUAAUUCACGUAUAUUUUAGGGAUAUAUUCAUUUUUAUUUACUAUUAUACAUAUAUAUAAAUAUCUUUUUUAUACGAAGAAUUGAGCUUCUCAUUUCAUAACUAUUUGGCAACUAGAAGAGAUUCACUUGAGAGGAUAAGAAGAGAGUUCCUUCUUUCUUUCUGUCAUAAGUGUUUAAGCAAAGAAAAUCAUCUACUUGGUACCUUUAUUAAUACAAUUUAUAUUACUAUUAAUGAUUAGAAUUUACACAAUAUAUAUAUUUUUUUUCGAUAUCUCUCCUAAUUUUCACAUGAACUACUGAUGAAUAAUCGCGUGAUUAUUGGACUUACUAUAAUCCCCACACGAGUAAAAAGGAGUUUGUUUAGUAAUUUACAAUGUGAAGAGAACAUUUUUACAGUGAAGAAUGAACAUGAAUUUAACGAAAAAAAUUCUUCCAUGGACAAAAUGAAUUAUGAGUCUUGAUUUCAUGAAAAACCAUGUCAAUUGAUUUUGAGAAUGACAAUUUUUUAAAGCAACACUAAAGAUAAAACAUACAAGAAAAAAAACAGCAUCCAAUUGUGCCAUAAUUUUUUACAAAGGAAAAUGAAGCAAAGAUGUUUAGUUUUUUUUUUUCAACAUGAAAUGGCAUCUUUUUAUCCUUUUCUUUACACCUAAAUGAUAAUUGUCAGAAUGGAAGAAUAAGCGGCUUUACUAUGAUUUUAUAUUAAUACAGAAGAAAGGAUGGAAAUACGAUUAACAUAAAAUGAAAUCAUUGUGAAGGAAGAUUACAUUGAUGUAAGAAUAAAAAUUAUUGAAUAAAGAAUCUUUACACGACGUCCUGAUAGCGUUACUUA